AUGGCUUUCCUGGCGAAGCCUACUCCCGGCAGGCUGCCGCUGCUGGACGACACCGUCCCGCUGACUGCGUCUAUCGAAGCCAGCCAGAACCUCCAAUCCCACACGGAGUACAUCAUCCGAGUGCGAAGGGGCGUGUCCUCAGAGAACAGCUGGCAGGUCAUCCGGCGCUACAGUGACUUUGAUGUUCUCAACAACAACCUGAUGGUGUGCGGCAUCAACCUCCCGCUACCGCCCAAGAAGCUGAUCGGCAAUAUGGACCGGGAGUUUAUCGCCGAGAGGCAGCGCGGCCUGCAGGCCUACUUGGACGCCGUUACCCAGCAUCCUUUGCUGUGCGCCGCCCUGCCCGUCAAGAAGUUUCUGGACCCCAACAACUAUGCUGCUAAUUACACAGAGAUCGCCUUGCAACAGGUCUCCAUGUUUUUCCGCUCGGACCCCAAGUGGGAGGUUCUGGAACCCCUCCGAGACAUUGGUUGGAGGAUCAGGAAGAAGUAUUUUUUGGUCAAAAACAAAGAACAAGCCAAGGAGAGGUGCUUGCUAAGCUGGGUGGACUUGGGCCCUGACAAGUUCUUAUCUGACAAAGACCUGCAGUCCAGCAUGAAGCUCCUCGCCGGCCUUUCUAGUCCGUACUUGUGCCCGCUUUUGUUCUCAAGCACCAGCGAGUCUUCGGCGCUCCUCAUCCGACCUUUCAGCGAGGCCGGAUCCUUACGGGAUCACGUCUGUAAGGUGAAGCCCAGGGAGAACUACCUGAAAAAAUACGGAAACCCCAAGAAGUUUCAGCCGCUGGAGUUGUCUCAAAUCAGACUGUACGGCCGACAGAUACUGGAGGGUCUGCGGCUCCUCCACGACGGCGGCUUUUUUUUCGGCCACCUUCACGCCUCCAACGUGAUGGUGGAGCAAGGCGCGUGUCGCCUGACGGACGUGGAGAAUGGACUGCUGGGAGUUCCCUCGGCACUGCGACCCGUCGUCACCCGCUUCAGGAAGAUUAACACAACAGAAAGCAUGGACGUCUUCUGCUUCGGCCACUUACUCUACGAGAUGGCUUACGGCCGACCGCCCGAAAGCGUCCCCGUGGACGAUUUUUCCGACAUCCCUCACCUCUCCGUGGUGUCGGUGCUGCGGUCCAUUUUGUCCACCGAGGCCUGCAAAUCGGGGAUGCCGACGGUUUCGCAGAUCAUUCAGACAUUGCUGUUCGCUGAUGUACCACUACAACACUCGGAGAAAGCACAGAUCAGGGUGCCCAGCAGGCUGAAGGAAGCCCUGAAGGCGGCCAAGGAGCGCUUGGAGAAACGUCUGCAGGAGGAACAGAAAAUGCUGCACCAGCACAGACGGCUAACCCGAGCUCAGUCCCAUCACGGCUCCGAGGAGGAGAGGAAGAGGAGGAAAAUUCUAGCGAGGAAGAAGUGCAAGCAGUCGACGUGUGAAAAUGAAGAUGACGUCUCGCUGCGAAACAACAAUAACUCUGGCUCAGGUGCCAGUUCCCCACCCACGUGUCCCUCGUCCCCCACGCCGCCUCCGACAGGCGUUCUUCCUCCUCCUCCUCCACCAAUGCUGGACAGCUCUUCGUCCUCCUCCUCUUCCUCCUCUGUGGCCACGCCCCUCCCUCAAGGUCGCCCCGCCUUGUUGAGCUCCAUCCAGGCCUUCAACAAAGACAAGUUGAAGAAGGCCCGCACCGUAGAUCGCAGCCGGCCCGUCUUUCCAACAUAA